GCAGUACCUAAAUAUUAAUACACAGUUAUGGCGGAUUCAAAGAUUGGAGUGGACGUAUUUCAUGACAUGGGUGACGAAAAAGCCGAUUUAAAGGAGCAAGUCCACCUUGAAGAAACAUUCUAUAUUUUAUCCAAGAAGAAAUCCGUUUUUCGUGUGCGUCUAACAUCAAAAGGUUUAUCUUUAAUAAAAGAAACCGACGAUAGUUCUAAAGAACAAACAAUAUUGUUACGCGAUAUCAUCGGUAGUAAAUGUAUGAGAAGUAAAAGACGUCGUGUUGGUGGAGGAUCAUGCGUGUGUACUUCACUCGUUGGACAUCAACAGCUUAAAGUUGUGGAUGAAAACAGCGGUGACCUUGAUGAGAACGAUAUCAGUGCCUAUCUGUAUAUUUAUGCCUACGUAUUGAAACAGAGCCGACGUACACUAAAACGGGAGAGAACAACGAUAACAUUGAGGUUCCGAUCAUACGAUAAAUAUGAAGAUAACAAUAAAGAAGCACAGAAAUGGAGAACCACAAUUAAGUGUUUACUCGCGAACGAGCCUAUCAGCAGUGUUCCUCCGGUGAACGAAAAGAAACUGUUAGUCUUGUUAAAUCCGAAGUCGGGGCCAGGAAAAGCGAGGGAGUUGUUUCAAAUGAAAGUGGCUCCGAUAUUACAGGAGGCUGAAGUCCCGUACGAUCUCCAUGUAACGAAGUAUGCAAAUUACGCGAGGGAGUUUGUUCGUACGAGAAAUGUGUAUAAUUGGCGCGGUAUUGUGGCGGUUGGUGGUGAUGGAGUGUUGUUUGAGGUUCUAAAUGGAUUGUUUGAGCGACUCGACUGGCAGCAGGCAUUUGCUGAAGUGCCCCUUGCCGUGUUACCAUGUGGAUCUGGAAAUGGACUGGCGAGAACUAUUUGCCACCAUUACAAUGAGCCGUUUUUUCAUCAAAACAUGGUUGGACUCUCGAUAGCACUCACAAGAGGCAAAACGGCGCCAAUCGAUGUCGUCAGAGUAGAAACAAAAAGUAAAAUAAUGUUUUCCUUGCUAUCAGUCGGCUGGGGCUUGCUGUCAGAUAUCGAUAUUGAAAGUGAAAGAUUACGAGCAAUCGGCGGUCAAAGGUUCACUCUGUGGGCUCUCGCGAGAACCGUCGGUUUGAGGAGGUACAAAGGUGUCCUGAGCUACGCUCUAAUCAAGGAUGUCAGUAAUUUGCCUAAAGCGAAACACACGAUCACCCUAAGUCAUAGCGUCAGCCAGGACGGCUCUCUCGACUCCCCCGAAACGGAAGCGUUUUUCGACUGCGACGAGCAAUCGGACGUGUUUACGAGCACGGUGACUGGAAAUAAACAUCAGCGAGUAGAUUCGUGGUACUCGGUGAAUUCAAGAAGGAGUGCGUUCUACAGUACGCGUGGCUCGGAGUACCACAGCGUCACUAGUGGCGGCUCAGAGAUGCGGUCCCCGGUGCAUGCUUGUAUGCACGGCCCAGCUCCCCACUUGCCCUCUCUUAUGUCCCAGUUACCUUCUCACUGGGUGCAUGAAGAAGGCGAGUUCGUAAUGGUUCACGUUUCUUAUCAGUCCUAUAUCGGUGAAGACUUAUUAUUCGCCCCGCGCUCCGAGCUAUCCGAUGGAGUCAUGUGGAUGCUUAUCAUCAAAGCGGGUAUUUCCAGAUCUCAAAUAUUCUCAUUCCUUGUAACGAUAUCGCAGGGAAAUAUAUCGGAAGUUAAUAAUGAGUACAUUAAAUUGAUUCCCGUCAGUGCGUUCAGGAUAGUGCCCGAAGGUCAAACGGGUUACAUCACAGUUGACGGUGAACUCGUUGAAUACGGGCCGAUUCAGGCUGAAAUUUUUCCAAAUAUAGUUAAUUUUCUCACGCCUGAUACGAAAUAACGUAUGGUGGAUAGGUAAUCAAUUUUAGAUAAUGUGUCUCUCCGAACUAUGUCAGCCACGUGUAAUGUUAACCGAGCCGACUUAGUCAUUGUGCAAUAUAAUUAUGCGUUUGAUAUAGACACGAUACACCUGUAAGGUUGUGCCAGAAAUUAUAUCAAUGUGUGAGGGUUAUUCAAAUCGAUGUUGUUUAAUCGCAUUUGUAUUUAAUUUUACGUUAAGUCGGUAUAAGUGGAUUGGUUAAAUAGCUAAAUUGUGAUAUUUUAAUGUAAACAUAUUGUUUCUUUUAAGUAAGUCUGUUUAAAGACUCGAUGUUGCAGUGAAUAGUGCCAAAUCGUGAGGCACUCUAAAAUCUUAUCAAUUAUCGGAAUA